AUGUCCGCAAUGACGUUCCAGCCGAUGGUGAUUCCUACCACGCCAAAGCAGACGAAUAGAAAGUUCCUGGAUGCAGAAAAUUCGAAUUCAAUCGAGAACAUCAGUCCAUCUUCAAGCUUUAAUAGCAAAUACGGAGCUAAACGAUACAGAGGCGCUAGUGUAGAAGACUUGCAAUUGCCGCCUGCUUUUUCCUUGCCCAAGAACGCCCCAGUCAUCAGCGCAAUUGAGCUUGCUUACGAUCGGGACUUUUCUUAUAUCCCUCACAGACGGCCCGUGGGAUACAUUGACGUCGCUGCCCUGAAGAAAGCAUGGGAAGCCGGAGAAAUUGAUGCGGACGACCAAGUGAUCAACCUUACGACGAGAUUUGAUCGUUCAUCCAAAACAGGCCGUCCAUACUCCGUCAUUACACCCGAUACACCGUUAGAGGUACUUGAAGAAUUUCUGCAGUCGAAUGUCUUUGCCAUAGGUCAGUCGCCCAAGGCACUCGAGAACACCCUAUGCUGA